AUGCGUCUAGUUUCCGCACUACUCGCGACUGCGGUCGUCCUGCUUAUUGACUCCGAUGUUACCGCCUCGAUGACGUCCGAGAUCUCUCAAGUUAUUGCCCCAUACACCACCCGCGAGCGGCCCGCUGGACAGAGCGCCAUGACUGGCAAGCGGUUCCUGCGAACGAUUGACGCAACCGACAACGCCGCCGCUGAGGAGAGGAUGUUCUCGGUGAGCGCGAUUAACGGUGUGCUGGGGAAGGUCGGGUCUGUUGUUGAAACGGGUGGAGCCAAGGUCGUGAAGGAGGCGCCGAAGUUGGAGAAGUACCAGCAGUGGCUGAACGCUGGGUUGUCCCCCAGCCAGGUGCGAGUGGAUGUGCUGAAGAAAGCGCCGUGGUUGAGUCCAAGUUUCCCUAUUGAACCACGACGAUUUCAACCAGUACGCCAAGUUCAUGGUCGAGCACAAUAG